AUGCAUCUCCCCAUCGUGACCCCCCUGGCCCUCCUCGCCACCUCCGCAUUCGCCCAAACCACCCAACUAUUCAACUUCACCAGCUACGUCGACAUCGAAAAUGGCAUCAUCCGACCAAACGGCCACCUACUGCUCACCACCUUCUCCGACGGCCGGCUCUUCACGCUGGACCCCCUCUCCCCGCACCCAGAAGCCAAACUAAUCGCCACAUUCCCCGGCGCCACCGCCAUCACGGGAAUCGCCUCCAUCGGGCCCGACAAAUACGCCAUCGCCGGUGGCGUCAGAGGCAGCUACCACUACACCAACGAGACGAUCUACACGAUCGACUUCAACACCACCACGCGCGACACCAACCCAAACACCACCGUGCAAGCCGUCGCCCACCUCCCCAACGCCGUGAUGCUGAACGGCAUGGCCGCCCUCCCCGCCCACCCUCACAAAGUCCUCACCGGCGACUCCCGUCUCGGAUGUCUAUUCCUCACCGACACCGCGACCGGGGAAACAGACGUGGCGUUCAAGCACGAAGCGCUCUCUGCGCCGGCGAACGCGUCCAUGCCGAUUGGGAUCAACGGGCUCAAGACCUUUGGGGAGUAUGUGUAUUUUACGAAUACGGCGAGGGGGACGUUUGCGCGGGUGAGGAUCACGCCGAAUGGGACGGUGGUGGGAGACGUGCAGGUUAUUGCGACGCUGAAUGCGGAGGGGGAUGAUUGGGAUGAUUUUGAUUUCGGUGCGGAUGGGACGGCGUACGUGGCGCAGGCGAGUAAUGAGAUUGUGAGGAUUGGGUUGGAUGGGAGUCAGGAGGUUGUGGUCGGGGGUGGGGAUAGUAAUGUGCUUGUUGGGCCGACGUCGGUUCAUGUUGUGAGGGGAGGGCGGUCGGCGUAUGUGACGACGAGAGGGGGCACGGUGGAUGGGGUGUUGUAUAGUGGGCAGGUCGUUGAGGUGGAGUUGUGA